GUUUACCUUACCUUGGACAGACCAGUAAUGGCGCUCGAAGAUAGCCCAAAUAUCCGAAGCUUGUCCCGUGGAAAGUCUCCUGCCGAGCAUUCCAAUUGGCUAGCGAUUUGUCUGUCUGCUGCUCUUCCCGACUUAAGCAAGCAUAAAACACAUUUUAUUAGGCAAAACUCUGCAUCUCGCCUUCAUCCUAUCAAGGGGACCCUCGCACCGGCCACAAAAAUGAUAGGCAGCGAUACAAAUGGAGAACAAGCCCUCUGGGCCACAGCUAGAACGAGAAGCAAAACAGAACCCGGGCAUUUCCGGGCCAUCAUCAGACCAGCUUUCGAGAUCAAACCUUCUAAACGACUCGAAUACUCGAUUGUGAAAAAAGAAGCAUAUUUCGCAGCUACCAAAAGUUCAAGCCAUUCUUUGAUAUCGCAAGAUGGUCCUUUAGUCUCUCAUACUUUCUGUCCGUCAGUCAUCAAAGCUCCGGCCUUCGCAACGAGCCAUCAUAACAAACAGAGUCACAACGCAAUUGCAAUCUUGCCAACCGAUCUACCCAGUCAAUCUGGCCGUCUCGGCAACCGCCUUGCACGACUGCAUCCUUGUCUGCUGGCAGGGCUUUUGUUGCUUCACCUCAUCAUUAUUUGUACGCCGCAAGUGGAAGCCUACCGUUUAAGUAAACCACCAGCCCGUCAACACCUCAUUAUGUCUCGACAACAAGAACCGCAGACUUCUUUUGCAAUGAGAUAUCCGUCAUGGUAUUCGGACUCCCAGGAGGCGGCUUUGCUAGAGCUUGCGCAAUAUGAAGGCAGGGAAUAG